GGCUGCUGGAUCCCAACGGGCUCCUUGACCCCCAGUAAAUCACCCUGAAAAAGAGGGGGACCCCAGAAGAAAAUAAACAAACGACAUCCUCUACGUAUUCUGCACCUCCUCCUGCUGAUCCCAAAGCACAGCCAUCCCAAGCACCAGGAUUCCGAAACCAACUAGCGACCAAAGAAUAUGCAUCUGGAGAUUAAAGUUGGCCUGAAUUUCAUUAUUUCCUACUUGUAUAAUAAACUACCGAGAAGAAGAGCUGAUCUGUUUGGAGAGGAGUUAGAGAGGCUUUUAAAGGGCAAAUAUGAAGGGCACUGGUACCCAGAGAAACCACUGAAAGGUUCUGGGUAUCGCUGUGUUCACAUUGGAGAGACUGUUGAUCCAGUUGUGGAGCAGGCAGCUCGAAGGAGCGGAUUAGAUCUAGACGAUGUACGCGCAAAUGUUCCAGAAGAAUUGAGCUUGUGGAUUGACCCAUUUGAAGUGUCUUAUCAGAUUGGUGAAAAAGGAUCAGUGAAAGUGUUGUACCUUGAAGAUGUGGAGAAUAGCACUGAGCUAGACAAAGAAAUAAAGAGUAGUUUUAACCCAGAGGCACAGGCAUUUAUCCCGAUCACUAAUCAGGAAACCUCUUUGUCUAAUUCUCCUUCUCCAUCAUUUGGUCAGUCCCCAAGCCCAACAUUCAUUCCCCGGGCCACUCAGCCAAUGACCUUCACAACAGCAACCUUUGCAGCCACCAAAUUUGGCUCAACUAAGAUGAAGAAAGGAGGUCAGCGCGUGGCGCGUUCCCCAACUAAUAACCUGGUGAAACAUAAAGGUCUCUCUUUGUCGAUGCAUUCGCUAAACUUUAGCCCAGCCCAGGGAGCUCCAUCUCAGCUGUCUCCCAAUGCCAAGGAGUUUGUUUUUGGUGGUGCUACUGGGCUCUUUUAUGAUGGUGACAACCAGAACCUUCCAAGCCCAGGCCAAUUUGCCUCUCCCUUUACCGGUGGGAGCAGCCUUUUUGCAGAGAAAUCUCCUUUUGUUGAAGGCUUAAACUUCAACCUUCCUUACUCAAGCCAACCUUUCCAACCCGUUGUCCUGGCUAAUUAAGGUCAUUGAAGAAUUACUUUUUUUUUUUUUUUUUUAAUUUUUCUCUCCACUUUUUUUAACAACAAAAA